GCCUGGGCCCUGGCUAAGACGAAGCCUUCGCCUGAAAAUCGCGAGCGCGGUGGCGGGGAGGAUAUGGACAAGCUGGCCCAGCUAGAUGCAGUGCUCCUUUGUGCCGCCAUUGAGCUCCGCAAUCCGGAGGUCAUGGCGACAGAGGCUGAGUUGAACCCCCUG